AUGGACAACAAGACCAUUGGAAUUCUCGGCGGCGGCCAGUUGGGCCGUAUGAUUGUCGAGGCUGCCCACAGACUCAAUAUCAAAACUGUGGUGCUUGACGCUGCUCAUUCGCCUGCUAAACAGAUCAACGCUUUGGAUGCCCAUGUGGAUGGGUCGUUUAAGGAUGUGGAUGCCAUUACCAAGUUGGCCAAGAAGUGUGAUCUUUUGACCAUUGAGAUUGAACACGUGGACGUGGAGGCCUUGAAGACCGUGGAAAAGACGUUGAACGUGCCAAUCUACCCAUUCCCAGAGACUAUUCGUCUUAUCCAGGAUAAGUACCUCCAGAAGACGCAUUUGCAGCAGCACGGCGUCGAUGUGGUGGAUUCUGUUGCUGUGGAAGAGAAUACCGAGGCUGGCCUUGAGGCUAUUGGCGCCAAAUUUGGUUUCCCUUUCAUGUUGAAGUCUAGAACUAUGGCCUACGAUGGUAGAGGUAACUUUGUCGUGAAGAACAAGGAGUCCAUUCCAGAGGCUCUUGAAUUUUUGGCCAACAGACCUUUAUACGCUGAAAAAUGGUGUCCAUUCACUAAGGAAUUGGCUGUUAUGGUGGUUAGACUGAUUGAAGGUGAGGUUUUCGCUUACCCUACCGUUGAGACUCACCACAAGGACAAUAUCUGUCAUCUUGUGUAUGCUCCAGCUAGAAUCCUGGACACUUUACAGAAGAAGGCUUCUCUUUUGGCCCAGAACGCCGUCAAGUCUUUCCCAGGCUGUGGUAUUUUCGGUGUUGAAAUGUUCUUGUUGCCAAACCAUGAACUUUUGAUUAACGAGAUUGCUCCUCGUCCUCACAACUCUGGCCACUACACUAUUGAUGCUUGCGUGACUUCCCAGUUUGAAGCUCACGUCAGAGCUGUUGCUGGGUUGCCAUUGCCAAAGGGCUUUUCUAACUUCUCCACGACAAACACUAACGCUAUUAUGCUUAAUGUUCUUGGAGACAAGAAGAAAAACGGUGAGUUGGAAAUUUGUCGUCGUGCUAUUGAGACUCCAAAUGCUUCCGUUUACUUGUACGGUAAGGAGAGCAAGCCCCAGCGUAAGAUGGGUCACAUUAAUGUCGUUGGCUCCUCCAUGGAAGAAGCUGAAAGCAAACUUAAAUUUAUUAUGGGCGAAUCAUCCUCAUUACCAAAGGAGGUCGAACCUAAGGAGAAACCUUUGGUCUCCAUUAUUAUGGGCUCCGAUUCUGAUUUGCCUGUGAUGUCUGUUGGUGCCAAUAUUUUGAAGAAAUUUGGUGUUCCAUUUGAACUUACCAUCGUUUCUGCUCACCGUACGCCACACAGAAUGUCAAAGUUUGCUAUCGAAGCCGCCCCUAGAGGCAUCAAAGCUAUUAUUGCAGGUGCCGGUGGCGCUGCUCAUUUGCCUGGUAUGGUCGCUGCCAUGACGCCAUUGCCCGUUAUCGGAGUCCCCGUUAAGGGAUCCACGCUAGACGGUGUUGACUCCUUGCACUCCAUUGUCCAAAUGCCAAGGGGUAUUCCUGUGGCUACAGUGGCUAUCAACAACAGUACGAAUGCAGCAUUGUUGGCAAUCCGUAUUUUGGGUGCUUAUGAUUACAAGUGGUUGGACGAAAUGAGUCAGUACAUGAACAACAUGGAGGAAGAAGUUUUGAACAAAGCAGAGAGACUAGAGGAAGUGGGCUACGAAAAGUACUAG